UUGCAUAUGGCUGACAUUUCACUUUGAUACCCGCGAUUCACUAAAAAGAGUUGAUUACGUGAAGAAAAAAAAAUAAUAACAGUUUUUAGUUCGUUUUACAAUCAUAUACAUUGGAACCCGAUUUAGUUUAAUUCUUAGGCACGCAUUUAUAAAUUUUCUUCAAUUAGCUGCUCGUCAAGUGCACCAAAAUAUAUCAACAGAGAGAGAGAGGGAGAGAGAGAGAGAUAGGGAGAGAGAAAGAGAAAAAAAUAGUUGAAAAGCAGCGAACAGCAGCAGCCGCAGCAGGAGGAGAAGCAGAAAAAACGACGAAAGAAAGAAAAGGAAAAUACGAAAAAGAGAGUCUGCAGCUUAACUCAUCAUAUCCAAACCAACCAAUACUAUAAAUCGACACAAUCGACAACUCAAGAACACCGUGGAAGCGAUUGACCAAGCAAAAAUUCAUCAAGUAAAUCACUUUCCAUUUAAUUCCAUUUUUGGAUCUAUUUUUUUCUAUUUUCCGUUGUUGCUCGUCUUCAUUUUGUUACUAGUUUAAGAAUUUACUCGAUUUGAUUCUGUGCCGUCGAAACGAAACGAACAAACGAACGAGCGAAAAAAAGAGAAAUGACACGGCCGAAAUUGUUUGUGUAAUUAUUUGUGCUGAUUAGUUCAGUACCCCAGUUUAAAAAAGAAACACGAAAAAGUGGACAAGAACUCCAAGUGAAUGAAUUUGCAUCGUAAAUCGUUCACGUAUCCAGAAAAUGGAUACUCACGUAAUUACGUGGUAAAAAAAGUUUUUUUUUUGUUCGUGACCAAGAGAAAGAAUUGAUUUGAACCACAGUUGCUGCUGCCGUGGAUUCCACAUUCAUUUUAAAUUCACAAAAAAAUAGCUAAGUGAUUUUUCCAUCUUCUUCGCUGCAUUGAUUUGACGUAUCAUCGAGAUGUUAUAAAGUUUUUUCGUUUCAAAUCUCGUUCUAUCGCUCUCUACAAGACGGACUCUACUCGGAGUUGAAGAGGAAUAUGAAAGAAAGCACAACAGAGAAAUUGGAUAUCAUUUUCAACGUCCGUUUUUUCCGCGCUAUGCAUUACGUGUGAACGAAAUUAAAACAGCAACAAAAGCACACAUCCAGAGGCAAGAACUCACUAUCAAUGCGCACAUCCACAAAAAGGUUGUAAACUUCAUAACGAAAACUUCGAUUGCCAGAAAAACCAAUACCAAGCAUAACAAAAGUCAGUCAAUGAAAAUAAAAACCAACAAUCAUUAUAUCAACUAAACGACAAAGAGAUACAAACAACAACAACAUCAAAUACAAACAAAUUGCACGUUAAAAUCCCUCAACACACACACACAAGCACUCAUUAAGUUGAAACCAUUUCAAAUUGUGAAUUAGUUAAAAUAUUGCAUUAUAAUUCGGACUCAACUAAACGAAAAUUUAUGAAAAAAAAAAAUUGUGAGACAAGAAAAAACGACAAAAAUUGACAUUUAAAUAUAAAACAUAAAUUGAAACCAACACAUACCCAUUAAAUUAAAAAAAAAAUUACGUCUGACUGUGAUAAUAAUUGAAAACAAAAGAGAAAUUUAAAACAAAACGGUUGAAGAAUAGUUUUACUUAAACAAAACAGAAAAAAAACAAAAUAACAACAAAAAAUCUACUUGUAAGUCGUUUUAUUAGAACAACAUAACAUUUAAAACAAAAAACACGUACCGACAGUUUAGGAGUAGGUAAUUAUGUAAAUACGCAUAGAAUCUAGUAAUAGAAUUUAAUUUAAACAAGAGAGAGAGAGAGAGAGAGAGAGAAAAAGGAACACAAACAUUUGAAGCCAACAGAAACCGAAUUUGAAUCACAAGAAAAAACAAAGCAACAACAACAAAAAAAUUGCAUGUGAUUGCAUGGACAUUUUGUGAAGACUGUAAUAGCAACCGAUUUGAAGCCAAUAUUUUACGCACGCGAACUGAAUGUUAAUUAGUUCGCUGCGAUUCCCAGUUUGGACUUGUCACAUAUUUUCUCUCGUCCAAUCCGCGAACGAACGCAUUUCGAUACCCCAAGUUAAAACAAAAAUUACUGACAAAAACACGAGACCCUCGCACUUAGUUAUCUACGUACCUCAUCGAGAUUAGCCAACAUUUUGUUACGGAAGCAAAACAUAAAAUCAAACACGUCUCAAAAACGGCUCAUCAUCUUGCAAACAAAUCGAUACCGUGUCUGAAUUUGAAAUAGUAAAUCCCUGUGGAUUUUUCGCAGAAAAAAGAGAGUGUGUGUGUGUAUCGUGUGCGUGAAUAUAACGAAACUACGCUGCCGUCGCUCAAGUGAUAAUGGCAAAUAGCGCCACAGGAAGCGAAAGGGAUUUGUCGAAUUCGAAGGAACAACUACUAUCGACCUUAAGUCUGUCGGACACUGAAAACGAUGAAGAUCGUAAGUGGAGACACUCCAAUGACUCCAAGUCAAUUCGUCGCGCUGAACACAACGAUCCGGCCAUAUUGAGCUAUGGCGGAUUUAGCCAACGAUUUGUUGCAUCGCAAGAAACGGUUGCAUCGUCCCAAGACGCUACUUUAUCGAAGAAAGAGCGUUCCGAUUCACCCAAUCUGUCCACAUCGGAACCGGAUGUACGCAGCAUUUUGCGUUAUUCACGCGAAAGUUUGCUCACGUUAAGAGAUUGUGAACUAGCGAAGCGUAAACCCGUUUAUUUGGGACGGGCAUGGGUUCGUAUUGGUGUUACGAGCGAAGAGCGCGAAAAUCGUGGACGAGAUGAUAAUGACAGUGCUUCGAACUAUUCAUCGAACACUUCUUUAGCGAAUGCAUCGUCAUCGUCAUACUUGUUGCCAUCAUUUGCAUGCAAACGACGAAUCCCAGGCUCUUCGCAAUCAUCGUCCAAUACGGAGAUAAAGCGGAAUAGCGCGUUAACGCCCAAGAAAGAAGAAUCUUCAUCUUCGAUUGCUGGCCGACGCAGUAUAUCGAACAGUAGAAAUUCGAAUAGCACUGAAGAUGAAGAUCCACGGCCAGGUGACCGAUCUAUGUUUGUUCGACGUCAAAAUGAGUACCGAAAUGCUAAUGAAAGUCGUCGCAUCGGUAGCGGACGAAUUCCAAUGCGAGACUCAUGGGAUGAUCCAAAAUAUAGCCGACCCAAUGCAAAUGAAUUCUCGUCAAAAUCAAGCGGUGAUCCAUCGUCAUCGCCAACCAACUCAGCAUCAUCAGCAACCACUUCAACAACCACUUCAACAAGUAAAACCGAACAGAGCAAACCAAGUGAAUCUUCAAAUGAUUUCAAUCUUCGUCCAGGCGGUGGUCUGUUGGGUUUGCGCGAUCGUCAACGUGAAAAUGAGCAACAGCAAACGCAAUCAUCAAUUGUAAGCCAGCCGCAUGCGCAUUUAUCUCGAACCAUUUUGGGCAAUAACAGCAUUUUGGACAAAGACAGUCGAAGUGAUUUCCGCGAGCGUGGCGUUCUCGGCAGUGACGAUCGAUAUGAUCGAAAUGAUCGAUUGGAUCGAAACGAUCGAUUGGAUCGAAACGAUCGAUUGGAUCGAAAUGACCGAAUGGAUCGAAACGACCGAAAUGAUCGAAACGAUCGAAACGACCGUGGCGAUAGAAAUGAUGAACGUCGUGGAGACCGUCGAUCAUUCAACCGUGACCGUGACUAUGGACGAUACAACGAUGAUAUGCCUCGUAAUUCAAUGUCCCGAUACAAUCAUGGCGAUCGAAUGAAUUCGUAUUCGCAGUAUAGUUUUAGCAGCAACGACCAUCGUGGUCGACGCCAGUAUAAUGAUCGUAACGCUGAGGAGCCGGAAUGGUUCAGCGGUGGUCCAACAUCUCAAAAUGAUACGAUCGAAUUACGUGGUUUCGAAGAGUAUACAUCGGGCCGGCAAGAUUCACCAUCGUCACGUAAUAGUGGUGAUGCCGAUGAGGACAAGGCAACGGUCGAUUAUGACAGCGAUGGGGAUAAAGCCAACGAAGAAAAUGACAAAUCAAAUGAUAACAAUAAUAAUGACAACAAAAAUGGUAGUGGCGGCAGUGGCGGCGAUGAGGCCAGCAAUCGUGAUGCAAAAACGGAAAAAUCGAGGGACUGUGAACCAGAAGAUAGUGAAGUGGCGAAAGCCGAACCGAAAGCGAACAAAAAGGAUGAUAAUUUCAACAUUGAAGACUUUUUGAAAGUGGACAAUUUAAACGAUUUUCUAACGGGUGGCGAUUCAUUCAUCGAGAGUGGAUCCGGUGAAUCCAGAUUUAGCCGUUGGUUCCGACCGAGCGCCGACGAACCGAAACCAAACCAAGCCGCGCCCGAAAAACCAGCCGAACCAAACCACAAUGAGAAUGGCGAGAAAAAUAUGUUUACGCCAUUUUCAACGGAUUCGGGCAAUCCGAAUGAUACGAAAAACGAAAAUACUUUUCUCGAAUUUUUGCAACGUGGAAAAUUUGCGGCAAAUAUGCAAAAGCCACCAGUUGGUAUUUUGCAAAUGAUGAUGGAGAACAACAAUUUUCAACUACUGCAGCAACAAGAUUUCCAACCACCACCACAUCAUCAGCAUCAGCAACAGCAGCAGCAACAACAACAACAACAGCAGCAGCAGCAGCCAGCGGUGAUGAGCAAUCAUGGACCACUCAGUGUCGAAGAAUUGGAAGCUCGGCUACGCCAAUCGGGACCACCAGCCGCUAACUCAUCCAAUAACAUACCAAACGAUGUGUCUAACAUGAAAAACUCACAACAACAGGACAUGAUUGCAUUUAAGAAACUGUUGCAGCAAAUCAGUGGUGAUCAACCACAGCCAUCACCACCCCAACAACCGCAUCAACAACCGAAGAUGUUCCCAUUCGGGCCGGUCCCGCCCCAAAAUCAGCAACCACGUCAAUUAAUGCCACAUCCUGAAGCGAUUAAGAAAAUGCUUGCAGGUCAUGGGCCGUUCCCCGUUCCACUCAUCACUCCGCAGCAACGCAUGGAGAUUAUCAAACGGCCCGAGACUCAAGUUUUGAUUCAAAGACUGAGGAAUGGCGAGUUGAGCCAAGGAUUUUUGAUUCAACAGUUGAACAAUCCGCAAAUAAUUCAACGCGACCGUGAGGUAUUGUUUGCGGUUCUGAGCUAUUUCAAUCCAGCCGCUCAACCAUCACCACCGGAAAAUACAAUGCCACAUCCAGUACCACAUCCAAACGAUUUACCGGUACCGAAUGCAAAUAUGCCACCACCGCCGCCAAAUAUGCAGACGCCAAACAAUGCAGCGCUCUCACCAGAUAUGCUCCGUCAAUUGUAUUUGCAGGCAGCUGUCACCGGAUCCAAGCAACAAUUGCGGAUUUCACCCUUACCAAACGGUAUUCCACAACGCAUUCCUUCGCCACGUGAACUUCAAUUCCAUACGCAAUCGAUCAUGCAAAAUGCACUAAUCAAAAAGAAACUUGAAGAGCAAAGGGAAAACUUCCGAAAACGUCAGGAGCAACAACAGCAACAGCAAUCACACAUGAAUCCGAAUCUCGCAAGCAACAGUAACGGGAUUAUUGAACACUUGCACGACGGCCCGAUGAAUAAUCCGCAAAUGAACCGAGGCGUUUCGCCCAACUCAAGUGCAGCUCUGAAGCAAUUGAGCCAGAGUCAGCACACAUCGUCACCAACGCCGACGCUUGCAUUUACUCCAACAUCCGUACUACGUAAAAUGACGGCCGAAAAAGACAUGGACAAUUCAGCGAACGCAAGCAACAUCAAUAAUAAAGACUUGAAUAAGCAACAGACACCACAGCAGCAACUCCAACAGCAACAACAACACAACGUGUUCCGCAUGCAACAAAAUGUUCCCAUGCAAACCAUGCAAGGAUUACCAAUGCAAGGUAUUCAAGCCAUGCAAGGUAUGGGCAUGCAAGGCUUACAACAAAAUAAAUUCUUACCAAUCCAACCAAAUAACCAGCAACAGAUUUUGGCUCAACAAAAAGGUCGGCCAAUUGUCAAAGGCAAUGGGAUUUCAAAUCAAUUCGCAGCAAAUGAAUUUCCACAAGCAUUUUUGUUGGGAGCGAAUAGUAAUACCAACAGACCACCGCAAUUCAAUCUCGAUCAACAGAGACAACAACAAUUCCAACAGUUUCAGCAAGCUCAACAAGCGCAACAAUUCCAUCAAAUGAUGCAACAACACCAGAUGAUGGGCGGUCCACAAAUGAUGGUUCAUAAUGAGGUGCAACAGCAGCAACAACAACAACGAAGCAAUGGAGAUGGAACACUCUCGCCCACUAGUAACCAACUGGCUCGUUGGUUUUCACCAGAGCUCUUGGCUCAAGCAUCUGCCGGGAAACUCCCAUCGUUGGAUGCAACGCAAGCCCUUAGCUUGGAAGAAUUCGAACGAAAUAUGCACUCAUCCACCACCGUGAACAAUUAGCAACAUACACAGAAACGUGUGAGAGCAAGAUGAAUAGAGGAGAGAUGAAGCAUUGAGUCAUGAAGAAAACAAAAACUCAUGCUCGACAAUUAAAAAAAGGAAAUAGAAAUAAACAAUAAAACAUAAUUCAAAGCAGAAAAAA